AUGAAGAUGUGCCAGAUAGCGACGAUGACGACGACGACGAAGCCAACAACAACAUCAACAUCAAAGACGAUGAUCAACCCAUCGGAAACCAAGACGAUGAGAACGGUGACAUUGAGAGAGGCCCGGAUGGUAUCAUCAACGAGCAAACUUCGUUGCUGCCGCAGCGUGCUAUUCGCAAGGCCAACCGUGUGGAGAAGAUGGGCUACCUCAAGACACAGGACUGGUACAACAAACUUCUCACCCCGACUUAAGGAAACACUUCAUAUCAUCUGGCAAUUUGCCAACGCCCCGCUCCUUGGCGCUAUGGUUGGUGCUAUCAUUGGCUUGACCCCUGCGCUUCACAGACUGUUCUUCAACCCGAGUAACGAGGGCGGAUAUCUUAAUGCCUGGAUGACUACUGCCAUCAUGAACUUUGGUGAGUUGUUUGUGACAACGCAGACCAUUGUAAUUGAGGUAAAGCUCAGCCAAAGCAUGCUGUGUAUGAAGCGUGGUGAGGACAGCGGUGAGGACCCAAAAGCGAGUCUUGCGCUGGUAACACUGAUAAGAUUCAUUGUCUGGCCUCUACUUAGCAUUCCGCUGGUUUGUACGCCCGCAUCGAAAUCGUAUCUUUUAGACGGGGAACCAAUGCUCUGGUUUUCAAUGAUGUUGAUGCCGACAGGACCUCCAGCAAUGAUCUUGGUGGCUCUGUCCGACGUGACUAGAGCACCCGAGAAGAUGAAGAUGACGAUUGCGAAAGUUCUCACAAUGAGCUACGCCGUUACUCCUCUAAUAAGUUUCGCCGUCGUGGGCAGUCUCAAGGCGAUUGAAUCAGCUAUUGCCAAAUAA